ACUGAUGAAGGGAGCGAUGGCGAGAGUGAUGAAGACGAUGAUGAUGAUGAGGAGGAGGGGGGGGAGGGGGAGGAAAGUGAUGAACCUGCGUUCUGGGUACCCCCAGACGACAACGAGGAGGAGGAGGAGGAUAUGAUGUCAACGGAUGACGACGGCGACGAGCAACAGCAUGAGGGCGAGGAGCAGAAGGAGGAGCGGCCGGGAGCCAACGGCAGUGCAGCAAAUGGCGGCGGAGGAACGGCCCAGGGGAAGAAGCGGAAGGAGAGGAAGAAGAAGAGUAGGAACGGACUACUUGGCCAUGCCAACGCUGGUAACGCCAACGCCGGUAACGCCAACACCAGGGGGUCAUCGGCCGGGGACUUGCAAGCAUCGGGCCAGAAGAAGCAGCGGCAUCAUCAUCAUCAACAAGAACAUCAACAAGUACAGAAAAAACAAAGUCAGAAACAUCAGCAGCAAGUGGAAGGGGCUACGGAAGCGCAGAAGGGGCUGCAGCAGCAGGGUGCCGUGACCGGCAAUGACGGCAAGAAGAUGAGCAAAAAGCAGCGGAAGAAGGCCGCCGCCGCCGCAGCAGCAGCGGCUGACGACUUUGACUUUGACCUGGAUGGGGAUGGAGGUAGUGGCGGCGGUGGUGGUGGUGGUGGCGAAGAUGGCACGAAGGUUUUAAGUAUGCCUGACUUCGAACAGCUCCAGCUGCAGUCGGACCGACCCGCGGGUCACAGUAAUGAUGGCCCUGCCGGAGGCGCCGCUAAGCCAAACGCCGGCCCCCCAGGGAGGGAGUCCGGCUUCCCUCGAGAUUUCGUUCCCACUCCUAUCCCCGUACAAGAUCUCCCCGGUAUAUGUUACAGGGGCUGGUGUGGGGAUUUGGAAGUGUGA